AUGAGCGCGGCUCAGCCGAACGAAGCGGAGAAGAACAUCGAGAUAUGGAAGGUGAAGAAACUCAUUAAGCGGCUUGAGGCCGCUAGAGGAAACGGAACCUCCAUGAUCUCUCUUAUCAUUCCCCCCAAGGAUCAGAUUUCUAGAGCAGCAAAGAUGUUGGCGGAAGAGUUUGGCACUGCGUCUAACAUCAAGUCUCGUGUCAACCGUCUUUCCGUCCUUUCCGCUAUUACUUCGACGCAACAACGUCUCAAGCUCUACAAUAAGGUGCCGCCGAAUGGUCUAGUGGUUUAUUGCGGUGAAAUUAUCACCUCUGAAGGAAAGGAGCGCAAGAUCAACAUUGAUUUCGAGCCUUUCAAGCCAAUCAACACCUCGUUGUAUCUCUGUGAUAACAAGUUCCACACUGAGGCUCUUAGUGAGCUUCUUGAAUCCGAUCAGAAGUUUGGUUUCAUCGUCAUGGAUGGAAACGGUGCCCUGUUCGGUACCUUGAGCGGCAACACCAGAGAAAUCCUGCAAAAGUUGAGCGUUGAUCUGCCCAAGAAGCACGGCCGUGGUGGUCAGUCAGCAUUGCGUUUCGCUCGUCUUCGUGAGGAGAAGCGCCACAACUACGUACGCAAGAUUGCCGAGUUGGCUGUUCAGAACUACAUCACCAAUGACAAGGUCAAUGUUGCAGGAUUGAUCUUGGCCGGUUCUGCCGAUUUUAAAAACGACCUGAAUCAGUCCGAUAUGUUCGACCAGAGAUUGCAGGCUAAGGUCAUCAAGGUUGUCGACGUGUCUUAUGGUGGCGAGAACGGCUUUAACCAGGCUAUCGAACUGGCAUCUGAGACCUUGAGCAACGUCAAAUUUGUUCAGGAGAAGAAGCUUAUCGGAAAGUAUUUCGAAGAAAUCAGUCAGGAUACUGGAAAGGUCUGUUAUGGCAUUGACGAUACAUUGAAGGCUUUGGAGCUUGGUGCGGCGGAGACACUGAUCGUAUAUGAGAACCUUGACGUUACCCGGCACGUUCUCAAGAGCUCCAGCGGUUCGGAUGUCGUCAUCCACACUACCAAGUCACAGGAAGAGAACCGUGAACUGUUCAUGGACAAGGAGACUGGCGCUGAGAUGGAAGUGAGCGAGCAGCAGUCGUUCCUUGAGUGGCUUGCUGAAAGCUACAAGGACUUUGGAGCAACCCUGGAGUUCGUCUCCGACAAGUCCAGUGAAGGAAAUCAGUUUGUCAAAGGUUUCGGUGGUAUCGGAGCCAUCCUUCGGUACAAGGUCAACUUUGAACAGCUUGCUGACUACGAUGACGAGGAUGAAUUCUACGACGAGAGCGAGGAUGAACGGCCAGAAGAUUCCAGUUCGGACCUUCUGACGGCUCGCCCCGUGAUUCGUGAUGGCGGCUCUCCCGGCAACAUGGCCGCAAUGGUACACACCUUGCCGUUGCCCAGUCAAUCUCCUAUGAAGCUGCUUAGAACAGGGCCAUCCAAGCUCCGUAACAUGUUCACAGAGGUUAUGUAG